AUGGCCGGCAGGGACGCGGACGACGAGGGUCCCACGCGGAGGGGCGGCGCGGCGAGGCUUUCGGGGGCCCCCGGCGGGCGGGGAGGCGAGGCAGCCGUCAGCCGCCCCGAGCCGCUGUCCACUGCUGAAGCGCCGGCCGAGGGCGCCGCGCUGCCCGCCUGGAUGCGCCUCUACUUCUACGGGAUGCACGGGAUCACCCUGGACGUGCUCUUGUCUGCGGCGCGGCGCUUCGUUCGCAGCCCCGACCUCCGGAUGCUGGGCUUCUCCUCGCCCUACCACUGCCUCCUGCACUCGCUCACCCACUUUGCCCUGGAGAAGGUCUACCUGCAGCAGCGGCGCUGCCCCAGCGCCUUCGUCUUCAAUUUCCUCCUCUACCCCUCGGCCCACGUGGGGCUGCAGACCCUGGCGGGCGCGUUGCUCAGCCAGGGCGGCGGGCCGGGGGGCGCAGCGGCGCCGGGGGCGCUGGACCUGGCGCUGCAGUACGUGCUGGCGCUCUACCACUGCCAAGUGUUCCUGAAGCGCUUCCUGCGCUUACGGUACCAGCCGCGGCAGCAGCAGCAGCAACAGCUGCUGCGGGGCGCGCCCCCCGCCCCUGCAGGCGCCCGGGUCCCUGCGGCAGCCGGCGGCCGGCGGCGGAGACCUCGCGGCCCCAGGGGCGCCGGGGGAGCCCCCAGCCAGGGGCUGCCGGACCUGCUCCGCUUUCUUUUCUUCGGAAUGCACGGCUUUUUGGAUGAGAUUUUCUUCACAUUCUUCUUUAACCUGCUGGGCCAGGGGGACGGGACAAGCAGCGGCCACACGUCUCUCUGGUCCUUCUUUAUGUACGGCAGCUGCAGUUUCGUGGUGGAAAAGCUCUACUUCCACCUCCACUACAGUCGGGGCUGGGGCACCUGGAAGCGAGUGCCCUUCUACGUGAUCUUCAUCUACGCGUGGGAGUUGUCCUGGGGUCUGGGACUCCGCACUUGGGGCGCUUGUUCCUGGGACUAUUCUCACUAUCCGCUCAAUUUCAUGGGCCUUAUCACCCUGAUGUAUUUACCUGGUUGGAUAUUCCUUAGUGUGUACCAGGACCUACUUUCCAACGUGUUGUGGCAGGUGCAGUACGUACCAACUAACUAAGACCAAAAAAAAAAAAAAAAAAACAGUCACUGGAUUUCCAUGAAUGAAUGUGAUUUAUUUUUACACACUUAAAACGCGGUGAGGUUUUCUUGGUUUUGUUUUUGUUUUUUAGCCUUUUAAUUUUUAUACAUUUUACUAAACUUUUUCAACCUGUUUUAUUCGAUAUUUUAGUUUUUCUAUUUGGAAUUUCUGCAUAAUACUACAAUACUUUGAAAUAUUGCUGGAAACAUAACUCAAAGUACUUAACUCGUCAAUAUUUUAAAACCCUCACUAGCCCAAACAGCAAAACCAUCAUACCUUAACAUCGAAAAGCUGUAGUAUUCACUUAUUUGGGUGGGGGCAUAGCCACUGAUUUUUCUUUUUCUUUUUUUUUUUUUAAGUGAGGAAGUUCUUCAACUCAGAGACCAGUGAUUUUUACAAGAUUUGGUGAAAUUUUCUGAUUUAAUGAUUUGUUUACUUUCUUUUUAAUCCAGUGUCAUUUUAAUUCCUUGCCAUAUUUACCAAUGACUGCUGAAAACCAGUCUUGUACUCCUGAGACUACAGUUAAUAGCUCUUAAAGUGCCUCUGUCUAGCACACAAAUGAAAAGAGACUGACAAAUUUGAAAACACAUGCUAUGGAUCCAUUUUUAGAUAAGAAAUCUUUUCUAGCAACUCAGACAGGUAACACUGUGUUAAGAUAUUUGAUCUCCAUCCUGGGAAUGAUUGCUUUCCUAUGUGGGUUAGCCUUAAAUGCCAAGUGUGUUAACUUUAAUCAGAUCCUGUGUCAUCUUUGGCUGUAAAUUUUUGUCCCUGUGCAAUAAUGUAACAUGUUUACUUUACGUGUACAAGGGCCAAGCAAAAUUAUACCACCCUCAGUAGGGUUCUAACCAUAAAGACUCUUUCCUACAUGGGGCUUCAAGAGUGAAACAGUUCCAUGGAAUAAAAUGAACCGGAAUAUUCACCUUAAUUACAUUAGCCCUAAUUGUUUUUGGAGAAUACAGAUAUGUGUUUUCAGCCUAUUUCUGCCAUGGCUCAGUUGUAAACAUUUUUCUGUUUCCUUUGGGGCCCAUACAGAUUUCUUGGGCCAAGUCCGAUGUAGUAAUGUGCAUUAUAAAUCAAUGAUAGCUUUUUGGUGACUCAUUAUUAAUGUCUGGAAGCUUGGAAGAAUGGAAGUUAAAAGAGAUGA